AUGCCUCGGCCUAACAAUAUUCGUUCUCGACAGAAUCAACCGACAGCUGGAGCUUUGAUUGCCGCCUGGCCCUCCCCGUCCAGACAAUGCAAAGAUCAAGAAUGGCCCCCUGACGACUGGCAGGGUCUAGUCCUCGUGAUACUCGGUGCUGGUCGUCAGCCGGCGUCGUUGCUGUUGAUGGUCGCCGGAGGGAGAGGCGUGAUGCGGCAUGGCUCCAUUACCGCCGUCGCCGCACCUCCCAAAGGCAACGUCGAAUAUUCCACCAGGUCAUCAACCGUCGACCUCGAGUCCGGGACGCAGGUUCAUCACACAGCCACGGCCCCUCCAACCUCCAACCCCCACGUCCCCACGUCGGGCCCGACCCCAAAAACAUCCGCCUCCAAAAAUCCAUCCCCACACGCCCUGCCUGCUAACAUGGCUCUCACAUCUCACACCCUCCGCAGCAUUGAUUAG